UGCUGCCUGGUUCCCUGUGGCUGCCAGCCGGCACAGGCACGGGUGGCUCUGCCUGCCCCAACGGGCAGAGAUCCCCUCCGACUCCCUGACCAAAUCCGGGACACGCUGCCAUGCCGGCCAUCCUGCUUUUGUGGAGCCGCACCGAGAGGAAUAAGUAUUUGGCUCCCAGCAGCAUUGCCAUCAUGGGGAAAGACUAUUACAAGAUUUUGGGCAUCCAGUCCGGUGCCAAUGAGGAUGAAAUCAAGAAAGCCUACCGGAAAAUGGCCCUGAAGUAUCACCCUGAUAAGAAUAAAGACCCCAAUGCUGAGAAGAAGUUCAAGGAGAUCGCGGAGGCUUACGACGUCCUGAGUGACCCCAAGAAACGAGCUGUUUAUGACCAGUAUGGGGAGGAAGGUCUCAAAACUGGAGGUGGCUCUUCAGGUGGCUCAGGGAACACUUUCCACUACACCUUCCACGGAGACCCCCAUGCCACCUUCGUGUCCUUCUUUGGAGACUCCAACCCUUUUGAUAUCUUCUUCACUAGCAGCCGCUCCCGGGUAUUCAAUGGCUUUGACCAGGAAGAUAUGGAUAUUGAUUACAAUGAUGACCCUUUCAGUGCCUUUGGCCAGUUUGACUUCAAUGGCAUUAACGGUGUUCACCGGCAGCACCAGGAGUCCCUGCACACACGGAGAAAGGUCCAAGACCCACCCAUCAUCCAUGAGCUCAAGGUGUCCCUGGAAGAGAUCUACCACGGCUCCACCAAGAGGAUGAAGAUCACCCGCAGAAGGCUCAAUGCUGAUGGCCAGACCAUGCGGACUGAGGACAAGAUCCUAAACAUUGUCAUCAAACGGGGUUGGAAGGAGGGAACCAAAAUCACAUUCCCCAAAGAAGGGGAUGCCACCCCAGACAACAUCCCUGCUGACAUCAUCUUCAUCCUCAAGGACAAGCCUCACUCGCACUUCAAGAGGGACGGGACGAACGCGGUCUACACCGCAAACAUCAGUCUUAAAGAGGCCUUAUGCGGCUGCACCGUGAACAUUCCCACCAUCGACAGGCGGGUGAUCCCGCUGUCCUGCAAUGACAUCAUCAAGCCGGGGACAGUGAAGAGACUACGCGGGGAGGGCCUGCCCUUCCCCAAGGCCCCCAGCCAGCGAGGAGACUUGAUCGUGGAGUUCAAAAUCCGCUUCCCAGACAGAAUAGCUCCCCAGACCAGACAGAUCCUCAAGCAGCACCUCCCAUGCGCCUAGAGCCCAGGGACCCUCCUCCAAGCAGCAAUACUCCAAAUGCAUGUGCUGCAGCAUCUGGCCUGCAUGGAGCAGAAGUGCUAGAGCGCUUUCAAAUGCAAACACACACCCACCGCCCCCACACACACCACUUUCCCAAAAUUCCCAUCCAACCCACCCCCCCACCCAUCCCUCUUGGCCUGUUUUCUACUCUGGCAGCGGGGAGGCUCCUGCCCUGCCCAUCAUGGCUCUCUUGGUUGCCAAACUUUUUAUUUUUCCCUAGAGGUCCAGCUUUUCUGCCUUGCACAAGCAAGCAGCAUGGGCCCU